CCCUCCCCGGUGUCCCCCGGGCAGCGGGUGGUGCGGUCCGGGCGGAAGUGAGGUGUCGCGCGCUGAGGCGGUUCCGGUGUGGGAGCGGCCCGGGCUGGGGGCGCUGAGGAGGGGUCGGGCCCGGCCGAGGCCAUGCUGUGCACGGCGCUGGUGAUGGCCGGGAGCCUGGCGCUCACCACGGCCGUGGUGGCCCACGCCUACUACCUGAAGCACCAGUUCUACCCCACCGUGGUGUACCUCACCAAAUCCAGCCCCAGCAUGGCCGUGUUGUACAUCCAGGCCUUCGUGCUGGUGUUCCUGCUGGGCAAGUUCAUGGGGAAGGUUUUCUUCGGGCAGCUGCGGGCGGCCGAGAUGGAGCACCUCCUGGAGCGCUCGUGGUACGCGGUGACCGAGACCUGCCUGGCCUUCACCGUCUUCAGGGACGACUUCAGCCCGCGCUUCGUCGCCCUCUUCACCCUCCUCCUCUUCCUCAAGUGCUUCCACUGGCUGGCCGAGGACCGAGUGGAUUUUAUGGAGAGGAGCCCCAACAUCUCGUGGCUCUUCCACUUCCGAAUCGUCUCCCUGAUGUUCCUGCUGGGAAUCCUGGACUUCCUCUUCGUCAGCCACGCCUACCACAGCAUCCUGACGCGCGGCGCCUCCGUGCAGCUCGUCUUCGGCUUCGAGUACGCCAUCCUGAUGACCAUGGUGCUGACCAUCUUCAUCAAGUACGUGCUGCACUCGGUGGACCUGCAGAACGAGAACCCCUGGGACAACAAGGCCGUGUUCAUGCUCUACACCGAGCUCUUCACCGGGCUGAUCAAGGUGCUGCUCUACAUGGCCUUCAUGACCAUCAUGAUCAAGGUGCACACCUUCCCGCUCUUCGCCAUCCGCCCCAUGUACCUGGCCAUGAGGCAGUUCAAGAAGGCCGUCACUGACGCCAUCAUGUCCCGCCGGGCCAUCCGCAACAUGAACACGCUGUAUCCCGACGCCACGGCCGAGGAGCUGCAGGCCAUGGACAACGUGUGCAUCAUCUGCCGCGAGGAGAUGGUGACGGGCGCCAAGCGCCUGCCCUGCAACCACAUCUUCCACACCAGCUGCCUGCGCUCGUGGUUCCAGCGGCAGCAGACGUGUCCCACGUGCCGCAUGGACGUGCUCCGCGCCUCGCUGCCGCCGCAGCCGCCGCCGGAACCGGCACCGGCACCGGCACCGGCAGCGCCCGCGGCGGGAGCACAGCCCCAGAACCUUCCCCAGGGAAUGCUCCCUCCCUUCCCGCCGGGAAUGUUCCCGUUCUGGCCGCCCGUGGGACCCUUCCCGCCCGGCCCCGCUGUCCAGGCCCCAGCCGGAACCGAGGGCUCGGCCACGACGGCCGGCGCCGCUCCCGGUGCCCGUGCCGGUGCCGCCGGUGCCGGGUCGGAGCCGGGCGCUGCCGGGGCGGUGCCGGGGCUGCCGCUGCCGCCGCCGUGGGUGGGGAUCCCGUGGCCGCCGCUCCUGGCGGUGCCGCCCAUGCCGGUGCCGCCGGCCGGCUUUGCCGGGCUGACGGAGGAGGAGCUGCGCGCCAUGGAGGGCAGCGAGCGGCAGCACCUGGAGGCGCGGCUGCAGUGCCUGCACAACAUCCACACGCUGCUGGACGCCGCCAUGCUGCAGAUCAACCAGUACCUGAGCGUGCUGGGCGCCCUCGGGACCCCCCGAGCUGCCCCCCGGCCGCCCCCCGCCCGCGAGGCGCCCACGGAGGAGCCCCCGGCACCCUCGGGAGCCGCCGGAGCCAGCG